AUGCCGGCAUUAGAAGUUUACGGGCAGAAGUCCCUGGCGCUGUUCGGAGGAACGGUACCAUGGAACGCCAACGACUGGACCUCAUCUGACGACCGCGUGCGAGGCGGCAAGUCUCAGUCCUAUCUCGACGUGUCCGACGACUGCAACAUCGGCCGCUUUCACGGCAACCUCGACAUCAAGACUCUUGGUGGAGCGGGUUUCGCCAGCCAGCGUACUACAGGCGAGGAUCAGGAGUGGGAUUUGAGUGACUACGCCGGGAUUGAGAUCUGUGUCGCGGAGGGAGACAAGAAACGAUACACAUUCAACCUCAAGGACUCCCUCCUCCCACCAGAUCCCACCACAGGCCGCGAACAAUCCUCCCUGACCUACGAAUGCGACUUCGAACUCCCUCCACAAGACACGCCCGGUCACGCCCACGAGAAAUGCGUCUUCAUUCCCUGGGACUCGCUCAACGCCACGUAUCGCGGCCGCGUGCAGAAAGACGCCAAACCGAUUGACUUGGAGAGCGUGAAGAGGAUUAGUAUCAUGAUGAGGAGCUUCUUCGGUACCCAAGAAGGCGAAUUCUCCCUCUCGAUCAAGUCCAUCGCCGCGUUGAAGAAGGUUCCCAAAGCGGAUGGGCCGGUGUUGCCGGUGCCGGACAAUGCUGCGCUGGAGAAAGGGUCGGCGGCUGGCGUGGCAUCUUACCAUAGGCCGCGUGCGGUCGAAAGGGCACCGAUGAGCGCAAUGCGCAAGGUCGCGUUCGUUCUGUUGGGCGGUGUAGCGCUGAUGAUGUUCGUCGGUCUUCGCCAGCCUUGCGGCAUGUCGAGCAACGGCGGCAGGAAGUAA